AAUGGUGGUCUGAAUGCUGGUGUGAGCUCACUCUGCCAUCUCUAUCCGUCCCAACUGUCAAACAACUUCUUGGAUUGAUUUUUUUUGCUAUAUCAUUAGUUUGUAACCUGAAUACCAUUUGAAGACUAAAGGAAUGUACCAGUUUUUUCUCCACCGAAGAUCAGUAAUGGUGCUGUGGUGAGAAGGAUGGCUGGGACGGUCCCAGUGCAGUUGGGCUUAUCCGAUACAGGACACAACUGAAGCUGACAGCAACAGAGAGACGAUAAUGGAUCACGGGCCAGAUGUGAAGUGCAAGAUGGUGGUGGUAGGAGACAGUCAGUGUGGAAAAACUGCACUCCUUUCUGUCUUUGCUAAAGACUGCUUUCCUGAGAGCUACGUGCCGACAGUAUUUGAGAACUACACAGCCAGCUUUGAGAUUGACUCACUUCGAGUAGAGCUCAGCCUCUGGGACACUUCCGGUUCUCCAUAUUACGACAAUGUGCGUCCACUUUCUUACCCUGACGCAGAUGCCGUACUCGUCUGUUUUGACAUCAGCCGACCACAAACCCUGGACAGCGUUCUCAGAAAGUGGAAGGGGGAGAUUGAGGAAUUCUGUCCCAACACCAAAAUGCUCCUGGUUGGUUGUAAGUCAGACCUGAGAACAGACCUUGCCACCUUUGUUCAACUGUCCAAUGAGCUGCCACUGUCCUAUGAUCAGGGAUCAAACAUGGCUAAGCAGAUCUCAGCUCCCUACAUCGAGUGUUCGGCCCUGCAGUCGGAGAACAGCGUGAGGGACAUUUUCCACGUGGCUGCUUUGGCUUGCGUCAACAAGAACAACAAAAAUAUGAGACGUCACAAGUCAUCCAGAUCCACGAAAAGGACCUCACACCUGCCUGGAAGAGCUGAGCGUGAUUCUUUAUCAUGUCUGCACAAGACCAAAGCCAAAAACUGUUCAGUGAUGUAAAGAACCAGUGAUGGAACAUGUGAUGGAAGCGUGAACUUAAAUAGUUCAUAGGAAAUAGUUUUUGCACUUUAUACAAAUAUAGACGGCUACAGCAAUUUAAAUGAAUUUUGCAGCCUCUUGGCCUGAACAUGAGACCUUAUCUAACUGAUGAAGUGUUUAUUGAUAUUCUACAGCCUUAUUUUUCUUUUUCUUUUUUUUGUAGCACAGGAUCAAUGAUACAAAUGUUGGAGGCUGUGUACUUGUGAACUGGAAUACGUUUUGGGAAAGUAUUUUCUUGUAGUAAUGCAUUUUUAAAUGUGAGAAAAAACCAACCUCAAACGAGACCCCUGACCAAAGCAAAACCCGUUAGACGUUUAUAUGUUUCCUCAGAUAUGAGUAUUCUUGGUGCCAAGUUUUGUAGUAUGACCAUGCAAUAAAUGAAAUGUAAUCAACCAUG